GUGAACCAGGGGAAUAUGCCCGGGAUCCAGAGCACAUUCCUGGCCAUGGACACGGAGGAGGGGGUAGAAGUGGUGUGGAACGAGCUCCACUUUGGCGACAGGAAGGCUUUCGCAGCCCAUGAGGAGAAGAUCCAGGCCAUGUUUGAGCAGCUGGCGCUGGUGGACCACCCCAACAUCGUCAAGCUGCACAAGUACUGGCUGGAUGCCUCUGAGGCCCGUGCCAGGGUCAUUUUCAUCACGGAGUACGUGUCAUCGGGCAGCCUCAAGCAAUUCCUCAAAAAGACCAAGAAAAACCACAAGGCCAUGAAUGCCCGGGUAUGGGGAGUAGGCUGGGGACAGGGAAGGGAGGGUGGCCUCUGGGAAAGGGAUGGGGCUGGAACACAGGUCAGCCCCGGAAAGGGGCGGGGCGGCGGGUGGGCUUCGCAGGCCCUGCCACUUCUCUUGCGCCCACCCGACGGGAGUCCUGCGUCCGCUGCCAGGCCUGGAAGAGAUGGUGCACGCAGAUCCUGUCCGCGCUCAGUUUUCUGCACGCCUGCAGCCCCCCCAUCAUCCACGGGAACCUGACCAGCGACACCAUCUUCAUUCAGCAUAAUGGCCUCAUCAAGAUCGGCUCUGUGUGGUACCGCAUCUUCUCCAAUGCGCUCCCGGAUGAUCUAAGGAGCCCCAUUCUUGCUGAGCGAGAGGAACUUCGGAACCUGCACUUCUUCCCACCAGAAUAUGGCGAAGUUGCAGAUGGGACUGCUGUGGACAUCUUCUCUUUUGGGAUGUGUGCACUGGAGAUGGCUGUGCUGGAGAUCCAGGCUAAUGGGGAUACCAGAGUCACAGAGGAGGCCAUUGUUCGAGCCAGGCACUCACUGAAUGACCCCAACAUGCGAGAGUUCAUCCUCUCCUGCCUGGCCCGGGACCCUGCCCGACGGCCUUCUGCUCACAACCUCCUCUUCCACCGAGUGCUCUUCGAGGUACACUCGCUGAAGCUGCUGGCAGCUCACUGCUUUAUCCAGCACCAGUACCUCAUGCCUGAGAAUGUGGUGGAAGAGAAGACCAAGGCCAUGGACCUGCAUGCUGUCUUGGCAGAGGUCCCCAGGCCCCAGCAGCCCCCAAUGCAAUGGCGGUACUCAGAGGUCUCCUUCUUGGAGCUGGACAAAUUCCUGGAGGAUGUCAGGAAUGGGAUCUACCCACUGAUGAAUUUUGCUGCUGCUCGGCCCCUGGGGCUGCCCCGUGUAUUGGCUCCACCCCCGGAGGAGGCCCAGAAGGUCAAGACCCCGACUCCAGAGCCCUUUGACUCCGAGACCAGGAAGGUGAUCCAUAUGCAGUGCAACCUGGAAAGGAGUGAGGACAAGGCACGCUGGCAUCUCACGUUGCUUCUGGUGCUGGAGGACAGACUGCACAGGCAGCUGACCUACGACCUGCUUCCAACGGACAGCGCCCAGGACCUCGCAGCUGAGCUGGUGCACUACGGCUUCCUGCGCGAGGAUGACCGGUUGAAGCUGGCCGUCUUCCUGGAGACCACCUUCCUCAAGUACCGUGGGGCCCAGGCCUGAUCCUUCCAGCCCUGGAAGCCCUGCCCUGGCUCUGCUGGCUCAGGGCUGUCCCUGUGGGGAAGAGUCCAGCACUUCUUGGAGUUGCCUUCUGCCUGCUAGCCUGGGAGCUGAUGAGCACCUGCCCUGUUAGUGAGGAUCCCUGGCCUCCUUCAGCAGCAUGGGACCCUGAGGUGGUGGUUCAGUGGCUGAGGCAGCCAGCAUGGGGGUACAGGGUGGGAUCUUCCAUGGACAGACCUCCACCAGGGGAAUCACUCCAUCAUUCUGGGUUGAGCAGCCAUCCUAAGUUGGCACCACAGACCCAGGCAGGGUGCCUGGACCUCAUAAUGUGAUGGGGCCCCUGCAGCUGUCAUAACCAGUGCUGGGCAUCAAGCAGGGCCAGACCUGGCUGGAAAGAGGGUAAAGAGCCUGGAAUUGAGGCCAUGGUCAGCAAAGCCCCUGGUCCCAUGCAGAACAUCCCUGCAGUCCCCCUCUCUGACCUUGCUCUGAGACCAGGAUCUGGGGCUCUGGCACCAUCACCAAUACCCCAGCCCCUCUAAUGGGCUAUUUCUCUCCUGUAUUACCUGGCAUGGAGAGGUCAGAGGUCAGGUGUCCUCCCAGACCUCCUCCCUGGAGCAGCUGUAUUCUGGGCCUGGAGAUGUGGGCUUCUGUUUCUCUGUCUCUCUCUCCCACCCAACUCCUGUCAGGAUUUUAGAGGUUUCAUUACUUCCAUGAAUUCUGCCUCCACCUCCAGUGCCCUUUAUUGAACUGCCUCUCCUCCAAUUUCAAAUUCAGCUAAAUGAUCUCAAACAUUUUAAAUUUUAUGUAUAAAUUUAAUGUAUUCAGGUUUCUGUUUAAACAUUUCAAAUGUCAAACCAGGAAGGCUCACUAACUGUAUUAGUUCUAUAUUGCUGCUGUAACAUUUAUCACAACCUUAGUGGCUCAAAACAACACAAGUUUAUUAUAAUUCUGUAGGUCAGAGUCUGAUACGAGUCUCACUAGACUAAAAUCAAGGUGUUGGCAGGUGGUGUUUUCCUAGGUUGGCAGGUGGUGAAGAUCCUAGGGGAGAACCUGCUUCUUGCUCAUUCAGGUGUUGGCAGAAUUCACUUCUACACAGUGGUGGGUCCUGUUUUCCUGCUGGCAGUCAACUGGGGACCACUCUCCAUUACCAGAAGCGGCCUGCAUUCCUUGGCUCUCCUUCUCCACUCAAAGGCAGCAGCAGUAGGUUGAAUUUUAGCGUGAGCCAGAUAUCUGGUUGUCUGAAGCCAGGAAGGUUCUCCAUAAGGACUCCUGCCUGCAAUUGGGUGGACUCCCCCCAGAUAAUCCAGGAAAAUUGCCCCUCUCAAGGUCUCUAAGAUUAAUCACAUCUUCAGGCAUAUAUUUUGCCAUAUUAAGUGGCAUUCACAGCUCCACUGAUUUGGGAAUGGACAUCUUCGGCAGGGGACAUUCUCCCUACCAUACCCCCUUAACCAAAAGCCCAAAACCAAACCAGAUUUGCCAAGUCAUAUAAAAUAAAUUAAAUGAACAACUAUAA